AUGAGCGACGAUGCUUCAACGACACGCGCCAACACGCGAAACAUGCGCCCGCAAUCCAGUAAGCGUGUGAAAUCAACUGCACGCCGUGCUACAGACCAGGCGCACGAAGACGAGCCAGGCAGCAACGACGUAGUCCUUGCUGACCUCUCUCCCGAAGAACGCACAAUGCGCAGCCCACCUACUGCAAACGCAAAGACGUGGUGGUCUGAAGACGAUGACCUCCUCCUUCUAAUUCAGACAAACAUUGAACGUCCGUUCUUAGCGUUAAAGAACAAGAUGAUGGCGUGGAACGACACCGCAGCCGGCUGCAUGCGCAUCGAUGGGUUUGGCCGCAAGUCGCUAAAUGGGAAGAAGGCCUCGCAACGGUUCCAAUUGCUCCUCGAGAAUCAUCGUCAGUUUCAAGCGAAGUCCAAGUUCAUGUCUGGGGGGACCCAAAAGGAAACGGAGAAGACAGUCCUGCUGGACGAAUUGCUCGCGCUGAUGGACGACAACAAGGCUGUCAAGGAAGAGCAGCAUGUGGCCGAGGCAGCUGGCAAGGAGAAGAAAGCGAGCGCUACGGCCGAUGACACCAUCCACGCCAUGCGUCUUCUGGCGCUGCACCUACCCCGCCACAUGCGCGUAAUCCCAGACGAACCCUUGCGAAGGCGGAAUGAGGUUCGGCGCGUCGAUCAGCGUAUCCGCGUUUGUCACGAUGACCAUGCUACCCGGGACGUGUAA